AUGGCGCUUUUGCAGACGCUCCGUAAGACAGCAGGCCUCAGGCUGAACGCGGCUUUUCGCAGCACUGUUCUGUAUUCCACAGAGCGCGUGUUCCCAAAUUUCUCGGUUUACAGCAGUGACUCAGCCUUCCAAGUAGCCCCAAGCCCCCCGCAGUACACAAACAAUGGCAGCUACCUGAAGACUAAGCGAGUGGGAGCCAUGAUGCUAUCGUGGGCUAAGUCUACCAACUCAGGAUAUAACUACCAAAAUAAAACUGUGGGACUGGUGCUGGAGAUGCUUGACUCUCGCAUCCCAGAGCUCUCGUUUACUCACUCGCCUAAUAUGAACUCGUCUGAGGAAAAUAAAAAUUCUAAGUCGCUCUACAUUACGCGCACAUCAGGCCCUGAUGGAAACCCAUUAAUUUUGAUCAAAGUUAAGCACGAGAGCGAGUGUGUCGCUACGCUUAACGUUGGCGAGGCCCGUGUUUUUAAAGAGCUGUUGAUCUACUCGCUUCCACGACUCUUCGGUUUCCACUCCGUGCUUGAGGGACCUUUGAAUGUCGAAGGUGGAACCAGUGGGGACUUGUUACGGAGUGAAGAUAACUCGUAUCCAUCGAGAUCAAAUAGCGGAUACCGCCGAUCCAACACCAAACCUGCUGGUGAAUGGCCUUUCUAA